AUGUCGACUAAAAGACGACCACAAACUCAACUUCAACAAACCACACUGUCUCCACCCUAAAGAGAUACUAUAAAUCACCAAAUCACUUACAAUAAAACCACAAAAUCAUUUCACACAAUCGAAAAAAAUGGUGAGACAGAGAAGAAAGACAGAAAAAGAAGAAGUGGGGAAGAGAGAUGAAGUGGAGAAGAUAAUAAGCAAGAAGAGUCAAGUGAUUAGUAGAAAGAACAUGCAAUCUCUUGUGAUAGGACUCGUUGGAGCAACAUUGACUCUUGGAGCUUAUUCACAGACGUUUGUUUCAUCGUCUCAAUCACUUGGUGUUGGUCUCUUUGUUCUCUUCUUAGGGUUGCUCGUUAGCGAAGGUUUCAUAUCCUUCUAAGUGCUAACUGAUCAAUACUGAGUUAGAUCUCAUUUUUUGUUUCAUUUGUUUCGCUUUAUAUAUUUUGUGUGGUUAUGGACUCUUCUUGAUUGUGAUCCACACAAAUUUGGCUAUACAUAUCUAAAAUCUAUUGUCUUCCGAA